AUGGUCGACCAAGUCAGUGUUAACCAAAUACCUAUGGAAGACUGGGCUAUAACUUUUUUAGCUGUAUUGGCUACUGUAAGUUGGUGUUACCUUCUACCCUAUUUUACUCUACCCUGCUUUAUCAUAUCUUAAUCUGCCCUACCCUAACCUACCUUACUCUACCCUAACCUGCCCUAUUCUAAUCAACCCAACCGCGCUCAACCAUACGCCACCAUAUCUUUCCCUACAUCUACUCUACCCUAUUCGACCCUACCCUACUUAUGAUCUUUCCCUAAAUUGUCAUACCAUACAAUACCAUAGCCUAAGACACUCUACCCAACCUUAUCCUACUCUGCUUUACCUUACUCUUCCCUACCAUAUUAUACCCUACCCUGCCAUAUCCCGUUUUAUCCUGUCUUACUCUAUAUUAUAUUCUUCUACCCUACCCUUUCCUGUCCCACCCUACUUUUUCUUAAUUUUAAAUAAAGUAGCUUGUAACUUUUCAAAAUAUUUUAGGCAAUACAAGUAAAACUGACACUCCAGAACAGAAACAAACCGUUUGAUUAUUACCUAAAGUGUAAGUUUUAAAACUUUUUUUUACUUAAAAUUACAAAAUAUUUUUUUCAUUUAAAAAUUUUAAAAUCAAAAAAUGUCAUUUUCUAGGCUUGACUCUACUAAUGCCAAUAACAUUGCUAACACUGUUCCAGCUUCAUUACAAAGAGCAGCUUAGAAGCUUCAGAAAUGGUAAGUGCAACAUGACAUAUUACCCCUUCAUCCACCCCCCCCCCCGUUUUUUAGCUAGCGCCUGUUUUCAGCUUCAUAAUAUUAUAGUUUAAACCUAUUUUUUUCUAUUUCAAGCCUAUUUUUUCUAUUUUUAGCCUAUUUUUCUUUUGAAUUUAAACUUUUUAGCUAUUUUUAACAAGCAAAGUACCCGACCUGCCCUGCUCUGAUAGACUUCAAACUUUUUAUAUAUAAACACCAUGUAAAUAUAAGCUUUUCACCAAAGUACUAAAUCGCGCUUUCCAUUCAAUCUCAAGAAAAUCGCAAUCAAAAAGUUAGGUUUGAAUUCCCGCCAAAUUGGCAUUGUGUUUCAAGCUUAUAACUUGCCAUUUUUUUGACUUUUGACUAUUUUUCCUUGAUAUACUAGUAGAAAACCGUUAAAUGAACCUACAUUUUUGAAUUUUUAAGCGUAGCUUGUCUGGAAAGUCGAAAAAAGUGCUUGAAACACAAUGCCAAAUUUGUCGAAUUGGCGGGAAAUUCAAAUAUUUGUUUUAAAACUCAAAAGCGCGAGCUAACAUAUUUUAUGGGUACUAUUGGUGGUACAAGGAAUUCAUAUAAAAAUUUUGAGCUGAUUUUGAGCGGCGCGGGGGUAUUUUCCCUUUAAGUUCAUUUUUUAAUUUAAAAUUUAAAAAAAACAAAAUUUAAAAGCGUUUUUUAAACUUCCAAAUGUUUCAGUAUUCAUCAUACUAUAUUUGAUAACAUCAAGUAUUGCAACACUCAAAGAAAUUUUAAAACCCAACAACACAACUUCAAAAGCAGUGGAACAUAUCGACCAAAAAGCACUGUUAAAGCGGUCCUUGACCGAAAAUGCCAUUUUAGUACUAAUACUACUCUUGAUGACAAGUGUUUUGUACAUCGUACAAGUAUUGGUUAGUACCAAAAUUUCAUUGGACAUUCAUUUUUGGAUUAUUGUGUUGACAGGCUUAAUACAUAGUGUAUUACACGUUUUUUAUGUAGCUAGGUCACAUAAGAAGAGUAAUGUUACUGUAGAUGAGUUUGGAAGGCUAGAAGCAGAUAACGAAACUCAUAUUGUAAGUUUACUAACACUAUACCAACGUUACCCUACAUUAACUUACCUUAUCACACCUUACCCUACCCUACCCUACACUACUCCAGCCUACCCUACCCUACCAUGCCCUACCCUAUCCUACUCUUCCCUACCUGCCCUGCCUUCCCCUUAUCACUACCCGUACCCUACAAUACCUUACCCCUACCUCUAACCCAAUAUUUUAGAAAAAAUUUUACAUUGCGUUCACAUAGUAUUGAUUUUCCAAAUUUACCUUAUCUUACUUUAUCCUAUCCUACCCUUCCUUAACUUAUCCUGCCUUAUCCAACCCUCCAUUACCUUAGCCUAUCUAUCACAACCUACCUUCCCCUAACCUACCCUACCUAUCCCACCCUUGAUUUACCCCAGCCCUACCCUGUAUUACCAUCCUGUUGAACUUUUUAAAACAUCUUUUCAAAUAAAAUAUUUUACUUUAGGCAAAAAUACAAGCCUCAUUUGAAUGGGCAGUUGUUUUCAUUCUUGGCACAGUAAGUAUGCUUUAAUAAUUUUUUCAAAUUCUAAAUUAAAAAUUUUAGUUUUUCAUAAAAAUUUUAAAUUUUUAUCUUACAGCUCUACCUUUUCUCCAAUUUUACAACCCUUUUCACAUGCCAUAUUGUGUAUUCAGACGUUUUUUACUGCUUAUUCUUCUGUAAGUUAUAUUUUCAACUCAUUUUUCAAUGUCCAAUACAUUUGGCAGGGUAAAUUGAUUUCUCGAAAUUUUAACACUUUUUUGCAUCUUUGAAUGAAAAUCGAUAUUAUAUUCAAAAAAAUUUCAAUUUUUUUAAUUAAAGUUAUGUUACUCUUAAAAUUUUUUAGGUCUUCAACCACUGGUCAGAUGUAUUUUAGAAGCGGACACCUUUUUCUCACUCAAUUAA